GGCACACCCUGCACGUUGCUGCUUGUUUUCUUUCAAGAUGAGUGCCGAUAUGAGUCAAAGCGAUGCGUUCAGAGAGAUGCUUGCCAGACUUAACGAGCUGGAGGCUGUCAAGCGGCUUCUCGACUAUGACGUGCAGACCGAACUUUUACGGAAACGAGAAAACGAGGACCUAUGUUCGUCCACUGAACAGGAAGUGGCUGAUCUGGAGUCCAAGAUUGCCGAGUGCGAAAAACGCCUCAGGCAAACAUCGGAACAGAUUAGGAAUCACGAAGAAGCGCGUGCGGGCAUCGAAAAGAGCAUCGAACACGAAAUGUUGGCACACGCGUCAUUGAAACAAGAAUUGGAUGAGACUAUGACAGCUAAGAAACAUAAAACCGAAGAUGCCGACCGCGAAACCUUCCGGCGCGUCUGCCACGUGAAGGAGCUCCUGCAUCGCUUGGGAGCGGAAAGUGGCGAAACCACCGCGGGAACUACAGACGCGGAGGCACGUUCUGGUGUUGACAAGGCCAUCACCCUCGCGCAUGCCCAAGUUGAUUCAAAGAAUCUAGCCGCCAUGAAGGGCGACACCCUCAUGAGCCUUCUUGGAGCAAAGGAUGACGUCCUGCUAAGAACCGGUUAUGCUUGUUUCAGACAAGCCAAGGAUAGCAUUGACAAGAACUCUGAACUCCUAGACGCAGCAGUCGUCAGGCUCCAUAAAAAAUGUGCCUGUGAAUCUGUUCUUGAAGAGAUGGAUGUCGACGCCACAGUCUUCGAAUUAACGCUUGUAGAUGCUGUAUUGAAGAUGGAACUACCUGAGUCCCUGAGGGUCUCCGGUGAGCAAUUGGGGAGGGCGGAGAUUUUGAGACGAUUGAUUGGCACCGAAAACGAAUGGCUCUGCGAGAAUCCCGCUCGUCUUCUCGGGCAAGCAUACCUGCAAAAAGUUCUGGAAGAAGACAGAUGACUAUGUUUAAUCUCGUAGAAAACACGCUGAGGAAGAUUCACGAGGUUGUGGAAACCUAGUAGUAUACAUAUGAAAUUCUGAUGUGACACGGUAUUCCUGAGGAAGCAACUCGAUUUCCGCUGUUGAAUUGGCUUUGUUGUCUAUCUUUCCAUCACUUGUAUUACAACGCCCCUCUCGACCGAACGACGCGGGUGCCUCACUUCUGUGAAUUAAGAGGACGAGGUCCUCACCAGCUGAAAUAAGCGAUGACACAUCGCCGUUCCAUCUCCCUGUGGGGACAUACUCUUGUUCGUGAUCACCUUUUUACUACACAAAGGGAGUUGGACCAUCCAGAUACUG